AUGUCUAGGCAUGUGUCGGACACGCAUGUCUUUCGCAAAUCAUUCGAAGAUGUUCAUAAUACCAAGAACAAAGAUCGGCCACUUGCAAAACGGAUAGCAGGAUGGAUCUUGCGAAGUAGAAGAGGCUCAGAAGUUGGAGAAGGUAGAACAGUGGAAUUUCUGGAAGCAGAAAGGAAAAAGACAAAAUAUCCAGCAAAUGUCGUUCGGAAUCAAAAGUAUAGCGCAAUCCUCUUUCUUCCUUUGGUGCUUUAUUCGCAGUUCAAGAUGUUUUACAAUUUGUACUUUUUGCUCGUUGCAUUGAGUCAAUUCAUUCCUGCUCUCAAGAUUGGAUUUAUCGCAACAUACAUUGCUCCACUCACUUUCGUCUUGUGCAUCACGAUCGGUAAAGAGGCGGUUGAUGAUCAUGCACGAUACAAGCGUGAUGUAGAGAGCAAUAGCACACCAUACGAGACUCUUGUUCCGAUCGAGAUCUACAACAAUCAACCGGGCAAUCGCAAACAGAAGUAUCGCGAUGACGUUGAAGGUCAGACGAAUUCCCCACAAUCACGUUCCAUCCUCAAACCGAGCUCGAAGCUUCGAGUUGGCGAUCUGGUUGUAUUGCACAAGAAUCAGCGUGUUCCAGCAGAUAUGGUCUUGCUCAAAACGAGCUCGGGAGAUCAUUCUACAGAGGCGAGGCCACAAGAUCGAGGAAAGGGUGCGAGAUACAAUCCUGGGUCAGAUAACACUCAUUUUGUAUUAGGCGACGAUGACGAUACAAUCGAGGCUGACCAGAUGGGUGCUGCAAAAGCAAGCGAGGAAACGGAAGACCUCUCUGCUUCAAUUGAAGAACCAAGAGGGGAUGAAGCAGGUACGUGCUUUGUAAGGACAGAUCAAUUGGAUGGUGAAACGGAUUGGAAGCUGCGUGUGGCAGUGUCUACGACGCAAAGGAUGAGCGAAGAUGAAUUGGCGGAAUUACAGGGAAUAGCUGGUGUGUUUGCAGGGCCACCUAUUAAAGACAUCCAUACGUUCGUUGGCAAUCUCACCAUUCAUCCACCUUACUCCCGAAAUGGCUCUCUGGCCUCUUCUACAACGACAAAUCAGCAGACCGGACUUGGCGACCUUCUCGAUACAGAAGCAGAACGCACGGAAGACUACCCAUUGCAACGUCAAAAUCAGGUUUCUCCACUCACUUCAGAGAAUGUCUUGUGGGCCAACACCGUUUUGGCAGCAGGAAGUGCGAUCGGAUUGGUGAUCUACACAGGCAAAGAUACACGUGCGGUCAUGAAUACCAGCCAUCCGUCGACCAAAUUUGGUAUCCUAGAUCUUGAAUUGAACAAGAUGUCCAAGAUUUUGUUUGGUUUCAGCUUUUCACUUUCGAUUGGAAUGGUUGCACUGAAUGGUUUCCGUGGACAGUGGUACAUUUACGUUUUCCGAUUCUUGAUCUUGUUUAGUUCCAUCAUUCCUAUCUCCCUUCGUGUCAAUAUGGAUAUGGGAAAGACUGUAUACGCAAGACAGAUCAUGUCUGAUCGUGAGAUACCAGGAACGAUUGUCAGAACGAGUACUCUGCCAGAGGAGUUGGGAAGGAUCGAAUACCUUCUUAGCGACAAGACAGGCACAUUGACGCAAAAUGAAAUGGAGUUGAAGAAACUUCACAUGGGCACAAUGAGUUACAGUUGGGACAGUAUGGAUGAAGUUUCGCGACAACUAACAGUCGCUUUUGAUCAACAGAAAGAACAGAGUGAAACACAAGAUGCUCUUUUGAGUCCGACAAAGAAUAUGGCCGCAGAUGCUAUGUUUGGCGGACGUAUUCGGAGAGAUAUGAGCUCUCGGGUCAAAGAUGUGGUGUUGGCACUGGCAUUGUGUCAUAAUGUUACACCGGUUGAUAAUGAUGAUGGUACAGUCACCUACCAAGCAAGCAGUCCUGAUGAAGUAGCAAUCGUACGUUGGACGCAAUCCGUUGGACUCGUUCUUGUUUCUCGCGAUCGAAGUAGUAUCACACUCAAAUCACUCUAUGACCAUGGCAUCCAUCAAUUCGACAUCCUGGACAUUUUCCCAUUCACUUCUGAAAGCAAGAGGAUGGGUAUCGUUGUGCGUGAUCGUCGAACCAAUGAAGUUACAUUCUACCAAAAGGGUGCGGAUGUUGUCAUGGCAAAGAUUGUAGCACAAAACGAUUGGCUGGAUGAAGAAUGCGGCAACAUGGCCCGGGAAGGUUUACGUACGUUGGUGGUGGGACGCAAAAGGUUGACGACAGAAAGAUGGCAAAGUUUCGAAUCGGCCUAUCAUGCUGCUCGUAUUCAGGUUGAUGGCCGUAAUGAAGCUAUGGCCAAGGUGGUUGAUGAAUUCUUGGAGCGUGACUUGGAGCUGCUGGGACUGACAGGCGUAGAGGACAAGCUGCAAGAUGAUGUAAAGACUACAUUGGAACUUUUACGCAAUGCCGGUGUCAAGGUCUGGAUGUUGACAGGAGACAAGAUUGAAACUGCUACUUGUAUUGCAAUCUCAAGUAAGCUGGUCGCUCGCAAUCAAUACAUUCAUCAAGUUGCAAAAUUGCAAACCCGACAACAAGUUCGUGAUAUGCUCGACUUUUUGGCUUCCCGAUUGGAUUGUUGUCUCGUGAUCGAUGGUGAAUCUUUGCAAAGAUGUUUGGAUAAUUACAGCGCAGAGUUUUUCGAGUUGUCCACCCAGCUAACCAGUGUUGUUGCUUGUCGUUGUUCGCCUACUCAGAAAGCUGAAGUAGCCAAAUUGAUUCAAGCUUACACGAAGAAGCGAGUUUGUUGUAUCGGUGACGGAGGUAAUGAUGUCUCGAUGAUUCAAGCUGCAAAUGUCGGUUUGGGUAUUCAAGGAAAAGAAGGAAUGCAAGCAAGUUUGGCAGCAGAUUUCUCUUUGUCGCAAUUCAGCCAUUUGACAAAACUUGUCGUUUGGCAUGGCAGAAAUUCAUAUCAAAGAAGUGCAAAAUUGGCGCAAUUCGUCAUUCAUCGUGGUUUGAUUAUCGCCAUCAUUCAAGCUGUAUUCUCGAGCAUCUUCUACUUCAGUCCGAUCGCGCUCUAUCAAGGUUGGUUGAUGGUCGGCUAUGCAACGAUUUAUACUGCAGCACCCGCUUUCAGUCUGACGUUGGACAGAGAUGUAAGCGAAGACGUUGCAUUGCUCUAUCCGGAACUAUUCAAAGGUAUUGGACGAGCAUUGACAGCAAAGACAUUUACUGAAUGGCUCAUCAUCAGUAUUUACCAGGGAGGAGCAAUCAUGAUCGUUUCUCUUUACGUUUUUGAACGAGAAUUGAUCAAUAUCUUGAGUAUCAGCUUUACAGCUUUGAUCUUGAACGAAUUAAUCAUGGUCGCAUUGGAGAUUACGACAUGGCACGUUUAUAUGGUUAUGGCGGAAAUUCUUUCUUUGUUACUCUAUUGUGUCAGUAUGGCAUUCUUACCAGAGUUCUUUGAUUUGAACUUUGUCUUAUCAUCAUCAUUUGUUUGGAAGACUGCCAUCAUUGUUGCCGUUAGCAGUCUUCCGUUGUACAUCAUCAAAUUCGUUCGACAGAGAAUUUCGCCGCCUGCUUAUUCGAAAUUGAAUAUGUCAUAG